AACCGCCGGUACAUCUGCUGAGCUAUCUGCACAUCCUCCAACGAAAUCCAGCAAAGCCAGGCUCUGAGCCCUCCCACCUCCAAAACCACUGGGAUCCUGGUUUCAUCCGAUUGGUCAGGGAUGCUGCAACAGGGGGGCGAGAACAAUGGCAUCAUUCCGGCAUAAAAAGAGUGGAGUUAUGCCUUGGAGACGAAAACAUUUCAGCAACAGAAGGAUCGAUAGAGAAGGGGGAUAAAAGUCCCGCGCGGUUCUUGUGUUGCCAUAUUUGAAACAAUCCUGGAUACUCCAGACUUCGCGCUCCUCCCCGAAGUGCCUUUCUGCUGUUCCUCGCCAAGAUGCCCAAAGGAUUCCUGGUGAAAAGAAACAAGAAAUCCGCACACGUGUCCUACAGGACUCGGUCUGAUGACGAUGAUCUACAGGAGACCCCCGCACCGGCCGCCGUGCCGCGUCAGGCGGACCCCUCCCCGCCGUUGUCCGUGGCCUCCAGCCCGGAGCGCGCUGCAGCCUCCCCGGAUUUCACAGCGGCGGUGGCGGCGGGAGACGCGCUGGUGCCAAAGCUGGAGAAGCCGCCGGCGCAGUUCGGGAACCCAGAGUCGGUGUGCCAAGCCCUGUACAGCCCCACCCGACCCAUCAGCACGGAGCACGACAGGGGAUAUUUCGAGCGAAGUUUCAAUCUGGGCUCGCCCGUUUCUGCCGAGUCCUUCCCCACAUCUGCAUCCCUGUCCAGGCUGGACCACCUCCUGUACGCUCCGGUCGAAAUGAAGAUCGGCACCAGAACAGCAGCCGCAGCGGCAUCACCUCCGCCUCCACCAGCAUCACCUCCGCCUCCAGCAGCAGCCUCCCGACCGCAGAACCGGGUCGGCACCAAAAGACCCGCAUCGGACGGCGUGGAGCGCAAACCCAAACCCGCCUCCAAAAAACCAAAAGCCAUCCGAAAACUCAACUUUGAAGACGAGGUGACGACUUCUCCCGUGCUCGGCCUUAAAAUCAAAGAGGGGCCGGUGGAGAUGAAGCCGAGGGCGCAGAGCUCCGCCGGAAACAAGCCGCUGGGGGAGUUUGUGUGCCAACUGUGUAAGGAGGCGUACGCAGACCCGUUCUCCCUGGCACAGCACAAGUGCUCCCGCAUCGUCCGGGUCGAGUACCGGUGUCCUGAGUGCGAUAAGAUGUUCAGUUGCCCUGCAAACCUGGCCUCGCACCGCCGCUGGCACAAACCCAGAGCCAGCGGCGCGUCGGCGGUGCCACCUGCGCAGGCCAAAAUGCCACCUCUGGGUGUUAAAUCAGUGCCAGAGGAAGCCAAAGAUACGAGUGACAGGGACACUCCGAGUCCAGGUCUAUCCGAGUCCGGUUCUGAAGACGGCUCGUAUGACUGCCAGUUAUGCGGGAAGAGGUUUAAGCGCCAAGCGUACCUCAGAAAACACAUCAUGGGGCACCAGGCCCUGCAACACAAAGUGCUGGAAGAGCAGCAGCAGCAGCACCGGUUUCAAAUCAGCGACCGCGCAGCAGAGCCGGCUCCGGUGUCGUCAUCAUCAUCACCCUCCUCCUCCUCAGAGGACGCGUCAAACCAAAGCCCCCUGAACCUGAGCCCUGCGGAGCGCCUGCUGUGCCCGGUGUGCGGGGAGAGUUGCAUCAGCAGGGCCGGCCAGGAGAGACACCUGCGCCUGGCGCACUCCUCCCAGGUUUACCCCUGCAAAUACUGCCCCGCCACCAUGUACAGCUCGCCGGGACUCACCAGGCACAUAAACAAGUGCCACCCGUCUGAGAACCGGCAGGUGAUCCUGCUGCAGAUGCCCGUGCGCCCCGCGUGCUGAACGCACGGACCGGACCGGUGCCUUUAGAUGGAAG